AUGACACUAGCGUGCAAGACCGCCGACCUCCUCACCCUCGCCACCCACGGGGGAGGUGAUGACGGAGAUGGAGAAGGUGAAAAGCGUGGGGAGGGGCAGGGGGUCAACGGUGGAACGGAGAAGGCUAGCGAGGAGGUUGCGAGGUUGGUGGCGGAGACGGGGAGGCUACACGCCGAGGCGGAGAAGGUCGCGAGGGAGACGGAGAGGGCGGUAGCGGAGACUGAGCGGCUGAAGGCGCAGGCGAUGCUGGCGCGGAGUGAGAAGCUGACGACUAAUGCGGCGACCGAGAGGAGGAAGGCAGAGCCCGAACGGGUGACGGCGGGGACGGAGUGGGUGAAGGUGGAGGUGGAGACGGUCGGCAGGGGGGUUGCGAAGGAGGUACAGGUCCAGGAGGGGGAAACGCCGAAGACCGGGGGUUAUAUGGCGAGGAUGGAGGCAAAGAUUGAGGCAACGCCGCGGAGCAUGGAUUAUUACAAGGCGAUGCGGAACGAGGAGGAUGAGCGGAGGAUGGCGGACCAUGCGCGAAAGUGGGUGGAGAUUGCCCGGAUGAAUUUGGAGAGAGAGCGGAAGAAGGCGGAAAACACCGGUGAGGAGACGGCAGAAAGUCAUCAGGAAACAGGAGAAUGA